AUGCUUGAUGGUAAAAGUAGUAACUCUGUUGAAAACACUUUCAAUAAUAAUUGGAGUAGCGAAGUGGAAAAAUACGAAGAGCAGUAUGAUGAUGUAGAGUACAUCGCAUUCUCUGAGCCCCUGGAUAUGGAUCCGGCGCAAGGUGAAGACGUAAUUAGGGAGGAUUGCUGGUAUUUUAGUAUGGAUGUAGGCCAAGAGCUUGAGUUCGAAAGACAAAAUCAGGAGGGCCACACAACAAAGGCGAAGAAAUACAACCCCUUCUACGUACCAUCGAAGGUAGUGCGGGAAAUGGUCAGUAAAGCAGGUGUCGAAUGGCAGAGUAUAGCCAAGCCAAAUUGA